AUGCCCACAUUAAGACGCAGAACAGAGGUCCCGCACCCUGUCGAGAAGCCUAAGGUCAGCGAGACGAAGUCCCGCGUGAUAGAACCGAUCACGAGCCUUCUCGAGCAGCACGGUCAACGCAAUGAGACGACAUCCCAUGGGAUGGAGCUCAUCGCGAGCUAUCUUAAGCAGCUUGAUACCGCACCCAACGGCACGGUCGACGAGAUGACAUCCAACUUGCCCGAGCCUGUCGUGAGACUACUCCAAAGCCCCUUGCGGGAUGGAACCAACGUCAAAAAAUCCAUCAUUAUCAACAUCACCAUCAUUAUCAACAUCACCAUCAUCACCAUCACCAUCAUCAUCAUCAUCAUCAUCGUCGUCGUCAUCAUCAACAUGCACAUCAACAACCACGGUGCUACUCAAAGAACUUCUCGCGACAGAGGCCGAAGCGCAGCCGACAGCGCAAAAGGAGGAAGUGGCAACGACAACACGAGGGAAGGCGAGGCAACCGAUAUAGGGCGAGGGGCCACGACCACGAGCAAGAAGGAGGAGUUGUCACCGAAGGAGGAGGCCGCGCUGGCAGCGCACAUAAUCAAUGUCGCCCUCAAGUCACAGACCAAGGCAUCCGGGUGCUUUGAGUAA